AAGACACUGAGAUCACACCAGGUGAAGGAUGUUUGUGCCACGUCAGUUUAUUAGAUUCCAAAGCUCAACGGCUUAUAAGAGCACCGUGAGUCUCUUGAAGACCGAUUUGAAAACGGCUAUGAAGGAGAAGAAUGCUCUCAAGAAGGAUACUGUCAAGGGCUUGUUGUCCCUGAUCAAGAACAAGGAGAUUGACACGAAAGAGUCGCAACACACUGAGUUUCUAUUGUACGAGCUAUUUUCCAAGGCCAUUUCGCAGAGAAGGGACUCUAUAAAGGAGUACACCGAGCUGAAGAGACCGGAGUUGGCUCAAAAGGAACAAGAUGAGAUUGAAGUCAUCCAAGGCUAUCUGAAACAACUUCCAGUUGCCAGCGAGGAGGAAGUUCAAGCGAAGGUGACUGAGCUCCUGGAGAAGCUGAACGCUAAGGAUCUCAAGUUGAACCAAAUUUUCAAACAAGUUCCAUGGGACACGGUUAAGAAUGAGUGGAAGGCAUCUGAAUCCAGCGUUCGUGCCGCAAUCGUCAAGCAGAUGAAGAAAUAACAGUCUUGACUUCGUAUAUAAAGGGUGAUAUAAAUGCAUGUACAUAGCGAGGACAAUUUGUCCUCCAAACUGGAAUA